AUGACCGGGGUAUUUGUGGUGUUUACAGCCGUCGUUGCGAUGGCAUGCACCAUCGAGGCGGCUAAAAUACUGGCAAUCUUCCCGGUACCGCUAAAGCAACACCAGUUGGUCUACCGGCCGUUGAUCGAGGAGCUGGCUAAACGUGGCCAUGACAUCGUGCUGGUCACGACAGACCCGAUGGAAACGACCGAGCAUGGCAACGGAACGCUCGAUCGGAUCGAGCAGAUCGAUCUCAGCUUCGCCUACGAUCUACCGGUUCUGGAACAGCUCAAUGUUGCCGGGCUGGAUGGACGUGACAUGCUGCGUAACAUCUUCAACGUAAUGCGCACGAUCUCGGACGAGGAACUGCAGCAUCCUGCCAUGCAGAAGUUGAUCAAAUCAGCUCGUCCUGCGGAUGGGUUGACUAAGGAAGGCGUGCCCGAUGCCCGGUGUAACCCAUUUGACGUCGUCAUGGUGGAAUGGUCCGGUGUAACGCUGAUGAACGCGUUCGCUGAACACUUCCGGGCUCCGCUUAUAGGCAUCGCGAAUAAGGGUGCGUUUAUCAACGCACAUGAAGCCCUUGGCAACCCGAACCACCCGAUCGGGUAUCCCAGCAUCUUCAUGCCGUUCAGCGAAGAUCUGAGCCUGCUGCAGCGAAUUUCGAGCGUGUUGUUCACCGUCUGGUACAGAUUCUAUUACUACACCGUAGAGAUCCCGGCCCAGAAUGUGAUCGCGCGCAACAACUUUGGCGAAUCGAUCUCCGACCUGCGACAGAUCGAGCAGAAUGCUGAUCUACUGCUAAUCAACGCCUUCCCACAGCUUGGUAAUGUGCGCCCUGUCGGACCAACAACAAUUCACCUCGGUGGCAUUCACCAACGACGAUCAGUGACCGAGCUGCCAGACGACCUGAGUCUGUUCCUGGCCCAAUCAGACGAACCUGUCGUAUACGUUAACCUGGGAGCCUCACCAGGUGGGAUCACAGAACGUGCCCGAAGGGACAAGAUUGUGAAGGCACUUGAACAGCUCGAUUUAGCUAGUGUUUGGGCCUUGGAAGAGGACACCGAGCCAGUUAACAGUACGAGCCGCUUGUACCAAUCUCACGCCGUGCCCCAAGAUGCUGUUUUAGCUCACCCAAAAGUGCGCGUGUUUCUUACGAACGGCGGCCAGAUGAACGUGGAGGACGCCAUCCAGCAUAAAGUGCCCGUGGUUGGUAUCAGUUACUCGACCUCGUACGAGCACUACCUGCGGCAGAUUGCCAAGUACGAGGCGGGCAUCAUUUCGCUCAUCGACUUUGAGACGCAAACCUUCGUGGACAAGCUGCGAGACGUUUUUACCGAGGACCGGUACCAGGAGAACGUAAACAAAUUGCACCGAUUGCUCAACGAUCAACCACAAACGUCGAUGGAACGAGCCGUUUGGUGGAUCGAGUACGUCGCGCGUAACGGCGGCACGAGUUCGCUACAUGUGCGCCAUCUAUCGUGGUUCGAGUACCUCAUGCUCGACGUGUUGUUGCUGGUGAGUGUCUCGGCUAGUCUAGCAGUGGCCGUCUUUGCGUAUCUCAUUUAUCGACUAGUUCGCUACUCGAAAAGUUUACCGAUGGAAAUGGUAACGCGCGGUAGUCGAAAGUGCAAAAUGAUUUAAGGAUAUGAUCUACGAUGCAUUACAUCCAUUAAUGGACACGUAUAAAUUGUAAGGAUAAGCUAGUUUACAAAUAAUAUUACGUAUGUUCUUGUAGAACCAGUCAGUUGUAAAACGAAAAAGUCAUAAGGUCUCAUGUUAGGAUUUUUUAAGUUCAAUAUACCACUCGUUAUCUUUGUGAACCAUUUGUUAUAGCAAACAGAAUAUAUUCUAAGAGGAGACAGAAAUCGUAUUUGAAGAAGGGUUUGCCUAAUAUAAACAUAUUCAAAGUCUGAAACGAUUUAUGACUCGCCCUUAUAUAAUACACGUUUUGACAAAUAACCUCAAGAUUAGAGGACGGUUGAGAUGAAUCUUUGCAUGCGACGCUACUGAUAGUCAUAGGUUAUAUUAGUGAAUAAGUGUAUUGUGAUAUUACUUGUGUAAAGAGUACCUGUGCAGGGCUUUUAGAGUUAAUAAAAACAAAAUGGUAA